AUUACCACUUUUAUAGUAAAUUCGUUCACUUUACUGGCUUAUAUAAAUCACACAAUAUAUAUAGAACACAAACGGUCUUGUAAUAUUAUUGCCACACCAACUGUUAAGAUGAGAUAUUUGGCAUGGACUCUGGUGGUGAUCAUAGUGUGGGGCUUUUCGGCAAACUCAAGCCUUGCAGAUACUGCGUUAGAAGAAAACCAAGUAGAGGCAAUCGCUGAAGAAGAGGACGCGAGUCUUCCCGAAGAUUUACUCGAGGGCGAGACGGAGGAGGAAGGACUGAACACCACCGGACUUGAAACCCGCCGAAGACCCUCCUGGCGAAGACGAAAACCUCGGCCUAAGCAUAAACUAAAACCAAAGCCAAAAUUAAAACCAAAGCCAAAACUAAAACCAAAGAAAAAACUAAAACUAAAGCCAAAACUAAAACCAAAGCCAAAAACAAAACCUAAAUACACUGCUGAUCCGAAAAAUGACGGAUCUUGGAACCAAUUUACCCAAUCAUUUUUACAUGCAGUAGUUGAAGGAGUGGGGUCUGAAUUAGGACAUCAAGCUGUAGAUACCUUACUGACAUGUCGACAACAACUAAUAGAAAAAAAUAGCACUAGUCUUAGUGACUGUGUACCGUUUAUUAACUUACAAAAUGAUUUGCAAGAGAAAGAAACAAAUGGACAGGAGGAAACAACAGAUGUUCCAGAUGAAACAACAGAUGUUCAAGAUGAAACAUCUGAUGGUCAAUAUGAUACAUCAAAUCUUGAUGAACGGCGGAACAGUGAUCCAGGAAGGUUCGAUCAGCAGCCACCCAUCCAGGACGCAGUCAAUGUCAGCGGUGCUUGAUCUGGUUAUCUCUCGAUAGCCACCGUACCACUACACUGCGCCAGAGACUGUGGAAUUUACUAUCUAAAAUGGGAGAUUUCUGGAUUGUUAAACAACUUUAAGGAUAAGAGAAGUCAUUAUUAUGCAUGAGGUACUAAAUGCAAAUUUUAAAAUUAAAUGAUUCCCACAUUAGAGUA